UUGAAGGAUAUUAAUUAUCAUGCCACUACAGGAAACCAAUGUUGAGAAAUUUCCAUGAGGAGCACAGACCCAUUAGGCAAAAACUCGUGCCGUAGGAUGUCAAACAGCGAGAAUCUGUCGAUUUCACGGUGAUCAUCAACUGCCAACUGGUCCUAUAAAAAUUCGGACUUUUUCUGAUUCCUUUGUGGCUGCAACGGAAGGUAGGGAGAGGCGGGGAGAGGGUUGGUGAGUGACGGAGGGGGAGAGAUCAGGAACUUGCGAUCGGCUUUUCGUCAAACGCCAUCCUCACCUGCGUUAGCCUCUCCGGGUCACAUCUCAACCAUUUGUUUCUUUGUGUGAACUCCACUCCCUCCACCCACCAAAUUGAUUGGAGUGGCUGAUUGGUGAUUCGUCAAUUUGAGUAGAAGUUCGUUUCGCCUGGAUUCAGCUCCACGCUUCUAUUGAUUGCUUUCUUGCAUUUGUCGAAGUUGAUUCGCAAAGAUGGGGGAUGUGGCCAAGGAUCUGACUGCAGGAACAGUUGGUGGGGCAGCACAAUUGAUUGUUGGUCACCCCUUUGAUACCAUCAAGGUCAAGCUCCAAAGUCAGCCAGCUCCAGCCCCCGGCCAACCUCCCAAGUUCUCAGGUGCCAUGGAUGCAGUCAGACAAACAUUGGCUGCCGAAGGGCCAAGGGGUUUGUACAAAGGCAUGGGGGCCCCACUUGCCACAGUGGCGGCCUUCAAUGCCGUCCUCUUCACUGUAAGGGGGCAAAUGGAGGCGCUACUGAGGUCUGAACCUGGUGCCCCUUUAACCAUCAACCAGCAGGUUGUUGCUGGGGCUGGGGCUGGAGUUGCUGUUUCCUUCCUUGCUUGCCCUACCGAAUUAAUCAAGUGCAGGUUGCAGGCGCAAAGUGCUCUGGCAAGCGCUGGCCCCACUGCUACCGUGGCAGUUAAGUAUGGAGGGCCAAUGGAUGUGGCAAGGCACGUUCUGAGAUCAGAAGGUGGUACACGAGGUCUGUUCAAGGGCUUGUUUCCCACUCUGGCCCGUGAAGUACCAGGAAAUGCUGCAAUGUUUGGCGUCUAUGAGGGGAUCAAGCAGUACCUGGCUGGAGGGGGUGAUACUUCUGGAUUGGGACGGGGGUCAUUAAUCGUGGCUGGAGGCCUGGCAGGAGCAUCCUUCUGGGCAAUGGUCUACCCAACUGACGUAGUGAAGAGUGUGAUUCAGGUAGAUGACUACAAAAAUCCAAAGUAUUCGGGUUCUCUCAAUGCUUUUAAUAAGAUUCUGGCCUCAGAGGGUGUCAAAGGACUGUACAAGGGUUUCGGACCAGCAAUGGCGAGAAGUGUUCCUGCAAAUGCCGCAUGCUUCUUGGCUUAUGAAGUGACGAGAUCAAGCUUGGGAUGAAAUGGGCCAAACAUAUUGUUGCUUCUGUUGGAUUUCCUUUUGUAUCCGUUUACUGGGGCCAUUGCAUGAUGAUCUUCCUCAAUUUGAGAAUCCCGAUUCUUCAAAAGUCCUGUAAUUGUCACUCAAUUGACGUUGACAAAGUAGUGGCAUUUUUAUGCAGCAAUUGCAAGGUCUUCAUUUGCUAACUCUAA